AAAAAGGAAAAGACGACAAGAAAAACCUGUUCAAAUAUAUCUAUGUCAGCAGUAAACUGUUUCAACAACAAAUCACAAAUCUGAACAUCAUUUCAUUUUUCUGCUGUUGGCUGCUUUGUCUUGCAACGGAUGAAACUGAACAGGAGAAGUAGAUUUACAUUCAGGUGCUCACUUGUGAGUGAGCUUAGCACGAGCCACACGGGAUAAGUGACUUGUGGCAGUAAAAAUAGACCUAGCUCAUAUUAUGACCGAAAAGAGGGACAAAAAAGUUAAUGAAGAAUCAAGUUUUGUGGGAAGAGUUUACCAGAAUGAUGCAGAAACAUUGGACAGGGAAGCAGUGGCAGCAAUUAAAGAGCAGCUGAAUGAAGGAGCCAAGUAUUUAAUGCCCAAUCUGUAUCCGAGGGUAGAGCCUGAGGUGCUGGCAACAGUGAAACUCCUGAUCUGGAGGCACACAGUGGACCGGAACGGCGCGACGUACGGCCAGCGCCUGCUGGGCCUCUCGUACCGGCACCUGUCGCCGGCCCGGUCGGCGCUGUACGUCCUGCUGACCGUGGGUGCCGAGUGGCUCCGUCACAGACUGCCAGAGCUGCUCCGGCUGGCCGCCGCACCACGGCACGUCAGUGAGAAGGUCCUGCAGUUUGCUGAUCGCGCGGAGCUGCUGCUGCGCGUAACGUCCCUCCUCAACACGCUGCAGUUUCUGCGGCAGGGCGCGUUCCUGACGCUCACCGAGAGGCUGCUGCGCCUGCGGAAGCGCCGCGCGGCGUCUGACGUGGUCUCCGAGACCAACUACACGUAUCUGACGCGGGAGCACCUGUGGCGCGGACUCUCGGAGCUGCUGAUGUGCGUGCUGCCGCUGAUCGACUUCCGGCAGCUGCGCGGUCAGCUGCUGCGGCUGCUGCCGGCCAGCUCUGAGUCCUCCGCUGCCCCCCGGCCGCCGCCCUUCACUGCCGAGACGCGCUGUGUGUGGUGCGGCGAGCCGCCCGUGCUACCUCACCUGCUGCAGUGCUGCCACCUGGCCUGCUACUACUGCCACCUGGCGGCCGCCGCCGGAGACUCGGUCCGGUGCGCCGAGUGUGGCCGGGAGUCGGACAGGAGAGAGGUGCGGCCGGCGCCCGUGGUUCGCGCCGUGAACAGCUAGCUGCGAGUCUCUGUGAGGGGUAAUAUGGCAUUUAGUGGGUGAUAUUUAUAUUUUUAUUGCGAUGAUUGAGCCAGAUAAUGCUAGAGUCAGAAUAGCACAGUCGCUGUUGUUGCCUUGUUCGAGCUUGAUUGAAUCAAUAUCAAUGUGCAUUCCGUGGUUGGCCGAUUAUGAAUAGUGUCACCUAGUGUUGUUAACCAUCUUAUAUGUAACAUAGCUACCAUCAUAGUCGAAUCUGCUACAAAAUCUACUGGAUCUACUGGAAUACUGCUUGAAAAUCUACUUGAAAAUCUGGAAAUCUGCUUGAAAAUCUACUGGAAUACUGCUUGGAAUGGAUAUGCCGACUGCUGAGCACUGUAGGUCAUCGAUGAUAAUGUCGGCUGUUCGGUCGUCUUUUGGAAUUAUGUUAUUGUAGGGGAUUAGUUGUUUAUUUAAUUACGUGAUAAUGUAUGUGUGAUCCGUUACACUUGGUGAUAUGAAGGUGUCUGCAACCCAGUCGGGACAGUGACCCCUGGAUGAGCCAAAGUCUCAGGCUGUCCUCCAUGUCCUAAGGUGGCGCUGUCCGACUGUUACGGCGGACUGGUCACCGGUCAGCGCAAGGGCGUCAGUGCUCCACAGCACGGGCAUGUGUCGCAAUAUGUCAUGCCAUGUAAUAAUUUACACUUCGUUUA